CAACCAUGACAUGUUAUCGUGACGUGUGAUAUCCCAACUUGUUUUUUGAAAACGUCCGCAAAACGAAUAGCUUAUAAUAAUUUUAUCAUUAGAUUCGAUAAGGUAAUUUAUCGUGACCGCAUGACCACGUAGCUGAAAGGUACCAAAAUGCUUCGUCUGUUAAUAGUAGCUGGGUUUUUACAAUGUACAAUUUCGCAACAGUAUCAGCAGAAAGUUGCGCCCGGGGUACCCCCGCAGAAUUACCAGAACUAUCAACAGCCACCCCCUCCUCAACCGAUGCAGCAACAGCCACCCCCGCCACAACAGCAACAAUAUCAACAGCCGCCACCACAACAACAGUACCAGCAGCCUCCCCAGCAGCAGUAUCAACAGCAGGUGCCCGUGCAACAGAUGCCGGUGCAGAAUUCCCAUGGACAUGGACACGGUGGUCAUGAUCCACAACUUCUGAACGCGGCGAACAUCGCCCAGGAGAGAGAACAUAUUCAAGAGCACAUGGAAGUACCAAUCGACACAUCGAAGAUGACCGAACAGGAAUUACAGUUUCAUUAUUUCAAAAUGCACGACGCUGAUAAUAAUAACAAAUUAGACGGAUGUGAGCUGAUUAAGAGUUUAAUACAUUGGCACGAGCAAGGUCAUAAUCAAAAUCAGCAACAACAGCAACAGCAGCAGGGCUCCCCGCCAGUAGGGGAGAAAAUAUUCAAAGAUGAUGAGUUAAUAAACUUAAUAGAUCCAAUAUUAAAUAUGGACGAUCACAAUCGUGACGGUUUCAUAGAUUAUCCGGAAUUCAUUAGAGCGCAACAGAAGAAUCAGAAUAAGGAGAAUAAUUGAUUUACCGCGUUUUUUUUUUAAGUUGGAUUUUUUUUUGGUGUAUGGCAACAUUGAUUUUUUUUUUUUU